CUCUCAUCCGACAACAUGGAAGGAACGAAUCUGCCGCCAAUCAACCGUUUCAUCACAACACACAACGAAAAGGGAAAAGCCAUCUUCUCGGACCAGACACCAGAAGCUCUUGACUGGAGCAGAUUGCCUAACGGAGCUGGUUUCGCAUUGGGCUACACAACCGAGCAAUUUCCUGCCAACCUGAACAACGACAAUGACGUCUCGACCUACCAGUCCUACCUGUCAACCCCGCCCGGCCUUGUCAUUCCCGGAGGAACUGUUCUCCGCUUCGUCGACUGCCCGCCAGAUUCAAUUUCUCCAAUGCACCGCACCGUCAGUCUGGACUAUGGCGUUGUACUGGAAGGUGAAGUCGAACUUGUCUUGGACUCUGGGGAGACUCGAUCGAUGAGACGGGGUGAUGUGGCGAUUCAGAGAGGAACCAACCAUGCUUGGAAGAAUUCUAGCUCGACGAAGUGGGCGCGGAUGAUGUAUGUCCUACAGGAGUCGAAGCCAAUUCUUUUGGGCGAGGACAAGGUGCUUGGGGAAGAUUACGGCAGUAUGGAGGGUGUUCCUGCGUCGGGCAAAAAGUGA